ACAGGUGCCCAUCACAACACCCGUGUCUCUCCGGUGGUACACACUGCUGUACGGGCCAUUACAUUACAUUACACAAGUGUGGGUAAGCGUGUGCAGUGAAUCGCACCACGAUGAUUAACACGCCAUCACACACUGAUGCAAAACCCCCGCCGCGUGUGUGAUAAGGCCGGAGCCAGCGCGACAACCGAAGGGAGUGGCGAAUAGGGGUGGUUCUUAAUCAAAACAAAACCUGCUGGCAGGAUAGGAUGCACCGAAGAAUCGUCCUCGUAGCAUAACCGGUUGCGUGCUCGUGCUAGCCGGAUGUUCCGGAACAGGUCAUUGGUGCUUUCCCUUUAAAGAGUGUUAGAAAGCAGCUUAUACUACAAUAGUGUUUUGUGUUGUUCUGGUAUUGUAAAUGUGAUGCGAUAAGAUAGGACAAACACCACCGAGUGAACCAAGACCGGUGGAUGAUAACUUGUCUACGGGGUUGGCAUCUAAAAUCCCACAGGAAAACGUAAGACAAUUUAGAGCCCGCUGUUCCCGCUGUUGCUGUGUUAUCAUGAGUGCUGCAAAGACGACCAUUCUUCAAAAAUUAACUGCUCACACGAGCGAUGUGACGUCGCUGGAUUUUUACGGAAAUGCGCUGCUGGUGACAGGGUCAAGUGACAAAACGGUGCGCGUGUGGCGUUGGGCGGCUGGCAAUGGUUUCCAGGAGGAACCAUUCUCGCCCCUGCUGGGCCAUCGGUACGGGGUGACGAGUGUGCGCGUGUCGCCGAAGGGAGCUGUACUAGCAUCCGCUUCCGUGGAUGGCACAGUCAUACUGUGGAACCUGAGCAACGGGGAAAUUGCAAAUGUGAUCAACCAAGAGGGUGGUGAAGCGAUUCGUGCUUGCAUUUUCAGUCCCAACGGUUCGACCAUCGUCAGCUCCGACGAUAACGGUGCGGUUUGCAUCUGGGGACAGGACAAAAGCCUAAAGUGCCAUGUAAAAGUCCACGAUGAGGCCGUACAUACGAUCGCUUUUUCUAGCGACUCGGACAUUCUACUGACGGCAUGCACGCUGGGCAAUGUGAGGCUGUACGCGGUGGAGAAUGAUUUCGCUGGUGAUCUCUCGUCUGCGGACUGCUCGAUCGAUGCCGCCCAUGAUAUGGGAGUUCUUUCGGCGGACUUUUGCAAAAUUGCUCACACCGACCCAACGGAUAAAUGUUCACUCAUCUACACCGUUGCAACGUGCGGCACUGAUCAUUACAUCAAAAUCUGGAGGAUCUUCUUCAUGCCAAAUAACAUCGACCGAAGCCGCCGGUCGCGGCUCAUCCCGACCACGCCCCAGGAACACUUUGCCGGCCAGUCGACCAUCUACAGCACCGAGGUCAUGAAUGCUAGCUGCGUGCAAACGAUAUCGGCCCACGGUAGCUCGGUAACCUGUGUACGGUUUAAUCCAACUGGCACGCUGCUGUUCUCGUGCAGCCUCGACAAAACGAUAAAAAUCUGGAACCAGCAGGGCACGUGCCUGAAGACGCUGUCCGAACAUUCGCGGUACGUGAACUGUUUGGCCAUCAACAGCGACUCGUCGGUGAUUGCGUCCGGUUCGAACGAUCGGACCGUGGUGGUGUGGGAUCUAACGAGCAGGUUAAGUUUAAGCUCGCACAUUACCGGUGUACGAUCGUUGCUGUUUUCGCUUGCCGUCAAGACGGCCGACAUUCCGCUAGAGUUUAUCUGUCCGAUCACGCAUGAGCUGAUGAAGGAUCCGGUGUACGCGGAAGAUGGUUUCACGUACGAACGAUCCGCAAUCAAGGAAUGGUUUGGCCGGGAGAAAGCCGUCUCACCGAUGACCAACCUGGAACUGACCACGGACGAGCUGGUAGAGAAUGGGAAGCUUAAGCAGCAGAUCGAGGACUACAUGCGAUCGCUCGACACGGAUGUGGGAGACGCAAACUGAUCGCACAUUCCGGCCGAGGCCCACCCGCAGCCUGCCAACCCUUCAGUGCCUUUCCCCGUUUACAUGCUGCUAACAAUAUCCUUGGAAAAGUUACUUCAGAUGUUUUCUUUUCCACCUGUUUUUUUUUCUAUCUCCCUUUUUAUCGCCAUUAUCUCUGUACCACAGCAUUGCGCUGGUGUACAGCAAAUCGAUAGCUGCAGUGGUGUUGUCAUAGGGCCCCCCGCCUUUUUGCUACAGGUGCCGCGAUGUGCGAUAAGAUGUGAUAGAGGAGCGCGCUCGAUGUUAUUGCGCCACGUAACAACAUCUCCAACACGUACGCACGCGAACACACUCGAACUCCUGGGCAUCAAACACGCAUCUGCUAGAGCGAGCAGGAGGGGUGCAUUGGAUUGGUUCCGUCUAUUGGCGACGUGCUAAAUCAUUGUACCUGUACCUCGAGUCUCGGUGUAUUAGAAAACAACUGCACACACUCCGAUAAGAGCCCCCGCACCAUUUUGCGUUUUUUUUUGUAGAGAGAAAAACCCUCUUUUUCUUCUUUUUCUUUGUUCCCGAAUGGCCCCGUCCGACCGAUGCCGUACAUUGUAAUACUGUUAACUAUGCAGCCGCACUACCGCUUGUGGUGUGUUGAAAUCGAAACGAUCUUUUAAGUGCCUCAGUCAAACAGUUCUUGUUAGCCGGGAACAGUGAAUAAAAGUAUCAUAUGGUUAAAAAUGUGACGGAGCUGCCCCGGUAAUCAAGUCGCGUUAAUGAUGCUCUGGAGGAUGUUACACUCUGCAACACGUGCACGAGGGCUGUUUUGUUCGUGAAAUAAAAUGAAGGUCAUCAAGCA